AUGGGUUCUCCUUCAUCUGUGGUCAAGUUGACCAUUUUUCUGUUCGUCGCGAUUGCUCGAGGGAUGAUGCCCAGUCGCAUCCACCAAAAUGAGCUGCACAUCGACACAUUCCAUGAUAGCCCAGUCAACGACCUGGGCUACUGGCAUGGACCAGGCGAGAACCUCAUGGUUGAAUACGAUUACGAUGAGCAAGACGACUCCUUUGUACGGCUAUUUCCAUCAGAUCCAGACAACAACUAUCACACCCAGCUAUCAGACUCAUGCGUCGACUUGACGGAUUAUAACGAUAUGUAUCUUCACCUCUCUUUCUCAGGGAGCAAAAAGUUUUCGAUCUCGCUCUACCAGCAUAAUGGCGAUUGCGAUUCGCACCGGGCACCGUAUCCAGGCACCUUCGAUAGCGUCGAAGCAUCUCGCUACGCAUCGCAUGGGGAAAUUUAUAUCCCUUUAUCACAUUUCUAUAUCGACUUUUCUCGCGUGUCUUCAAUAGCUUUUCAUGGAUUUUACACGCGUGAGGAGGUUGUUCUCCGCAGUGUGGAAAUCGUAGACGACAUACCUGAGCACGUCAGGAUUGCUCGCAAGUUGCCAACAGGCACAAUGGUUCUCACCUGCAAACGGCCCGAUUCUUUUGCGUUUGGGAUUGAUGAUGGUGAUCCGCAGUUGGCCCAGGAAGUGAUGAGGAUUCUCGACGAUGAGAAUAUUAAAGUUACGUUUUUUGUUGUUGGAAAAGGUUUGCUGGAUGAGAGCACAAACCUCACAAAUGUCUAUGCGGAGAUGCUACAACGAGGUCAUCAGGUUGCACUGCAUUCAUACUCUCAUCCUAAGAUGGAAGGCCUCAGGAGGGUUAGCGAUAUCGACUACCAGAUAAGAGAUGGAUACUACGCGAUUAAGGACCUUCUCGGAAUACAUUCACGAUAUUUCCGCCCACCAUAUGGCACUGUCGGGGCGCGUACCAGGCAGCGGCUCGCAGCCUUCAUUCAUAACCCAUAUAUCGUCAACUGGAGCGUGGACAUUGAAGAUUGGCUAUGGGCAGACACAGAUGAGGAGGAGAGGCAACUUGAAGCCUUCCGCAGGGAUAUCGAUAGAGGGGGAGAUAUAGUCGUGAUGCACUAUCUCAGCUGGUCGACAGUCCAGUAUUUCAAAGACGUGAUCCAGAUGGCUAGAGAAACAGGGAAGCAGAUCAUGAGAAUUGAUCAAUGCAUGAUGGAUCCUGAGGCUCCAUCACUACCAGACGAAGAGGACGAUUGGAUGAUGAGAAUGCAUACAGAACAAGUACCGAAAAGAAUCCCUUCAAAGCAUGAAAACAAAUCCAUCUCCACUCCCUUAUCAGACUGCUUAUCAGGCUCUACCCCUCAUCCCUUCCUUAAUCUUCUGAACUGCGUCACAAACUCUAAUAUUUCUCUUUUCAAACUACAUCCCAUUAGCAUAUUAACCAAUAUUUACAGCAUGUCCUCAUCUACACCCACCGAUAACAGCACAACACCCCAGUCCCAACCAGCUGAAAACACGCCAUCGCAUCUCAACCCCUCGACCUACCCACGCACCGCACACCUCGCCUCCGAAAACAUCUACCUCGAACUGACCUAUUCCUCGCUCGACCCGAAUCAAAUCCUGCAUCAAGUCUCCUCGCCGUCCGCUGGCGCCAAUGUACUUUUCCUCGGCACCACGCGCGACACAUUCGAGAGCCGCGCGGUCUCCCAAUUAAGCUACACCUCGUACGCACCACUGGCCUUGAAAACGCUGACGCAGAUCGCUCAAGACGCGAAAACGGAAUACAAUUUGAUUGGCAUUAGUAUUGCGCAUAGGCUCGGCGUUGUGCCUAUCGGCGAGGCGAGUAUUGCGAUUGCUGUGAGUGCAGCACAUAGAGGACCGGCGUGGAGGGCUGGUGAGCAGGUGUUGGAAACGUGUAAGCUGCGACUGGAGGUGUGGAAGAGGGAGGAGUUUGUUGGGCAGAGACCCGAGGAGGGCGAGUGGAGGGCGAACAAGGAUCGGGACGCGGAGGGGAGAAGGAUGGGUGAGAGUUGAGGUAGGUCUUAUCUCGUCGGCUGUUGUUGAAUAUCUCUCUGAAGGG